ACUGUAGAUCAGUUAAAAAGACUUGAAAAUCCUGAAAACAUGUGUUAAUCACGUCAUAACUCCUUCCACCAAGUACAGUGAAGACAACUGCUUUACACGUCACUAUAGUUACUAGUUUGUGUGUUUGUUAGUGUUGUGUGUCGCAUAUACAGUGAAGUCACGGCAGUUUCCUGCAGUGGUGCUCCGCCCACGUUGUAGAGGUACUACAGUAUCGGAAAACCACACUAGAUCGUGUAGAAUAGUGCCAUGCUGUGCUGACACUGUAUCGUGGAGAAGCCCCAUAACUGACCAACAACCUUGAAACUCCCUGAGUGUAGUUUGAGUUCAAACCAUGGGGAAAACAUUUAGCAAGUUUUGUCUGGUGGAGUGGAGACUCUCAAGGUCUAUUCCAGAAAUAAAAGCGGGGACAGGAUGUCACCUUUUAAAUGCGUGUAAAAAAACACAUUCUGAAUCUUUAACAUUCCAAAAGCUUAUUAUGCUUCACACAAUAUCAACGAUAUUGAAAUAUGCAUGAGGUCAGAAAUUCUCCUGACACACAUAAACAAAUGCAAGUCUGUGAGUUUUAAUCUCACUGUGUGAGUCCAAAAGAAAGCUCUGUCCCCAUCAGUCUUACCAGUCAAACCUACGCCCUUGAGUCACAAACUGGUUUUGAAGGUAAAUGCGUGGAUAAAAAAAAAAGAAUUAAUUCAGGUUGGCAGGACAGCGGGAAAACUAAAAUCAUCAACAGACAAAACUGAUAAUAAGAUCGUGCUAAUGGCAAUAUACAAUAAAUGGCCACUUUAUUAGGUACACAGGUCACAUAACAUGGCAGGAGAGGCACCUGGUGUGGUCCUUCUGCCUCAAGGGUUUGACAUUUUGUCCAGCUACAACAAGUAUGUCACUUUCAAUCCUCCUCAUUCUGAUGCUCAGUUUGACCUUCAGUAGGUCAUCUUGAGCAGCAUUGAGCUGCAGUCAUGUGACUGGCUGAUUAGCGAAUUGAUUGAAGAGAUGACUGAUCCAGUGAUGACAGAAGUGGGCUCAGUUGUAUGAAUGGGCAGAGGAACUCAAGUGAUUAACGGAAACAAAGGGGGUUAAACACUAGCAGUUUCACAUUUUCGAUGACUCUCUCGGUAAACAGGUCCAGAGAACCAGUUUCCACACAACUGUUACCAAGUUUUUUCUUCUUUUUUUUUUAAGGAGUUACAUGACCUAUGGGGGAGACGUGCACAGCAGCAUUAACAUCUGGAAUCUGUUUCAAAGCUUAACCAGAGGCUGACAUUGGGACACUUCCUCAUUCGGCUCACAGCGAAUGAUCUGCCUCCAUCUUGUCUUCUCCCUUGUGUUGCCUUCUGUUACACCAACUGUCCCCGUGUCCUCCUUACCAACAUCCCCGAAACUUCUCUGUGGUCUUUGUCUCCUGCACAGCAGCUCCACCUUCAUAAAGGGUUUAGUUUCAUGACUUCUCAGAGAGAAGCAGAGGAGUUUCCUCCAAGACAGUGUCAGAGACAGAGUGGACUUUUAGAGAGGGAGGGACCUGGAAGGAAGAGGAGGGAAAAGAGCUGAUGUGUAUAAAGGGGGAUAUGGGCAAAAGCAGUGUGGUGUGAUUUGUUGGAGCACUUUUCUCUUUUGGAUUUGUUUCCUGAAAAAUACAGAGUGGUAGGCUGUAAGGUGCAGAGGCAGAGGUGUGUGAGUGUGGGUCUCUAAUAGUCAUCAUCUAUGCACAUGGAAAUAUAGAUAUUCCAUAUUGUCUACCUGCAUCUGUGAGUGUGCUGGACCAUGGCCGGGCGUGUGAGUGGCUUGGCGGUGAGGCGCUACCUCACCUUUUUCUCAGGUCUUUUUGAGUGCCUGUGUUUCGCCGGUGUUGUUUACGGAUGGGCUUCGCUUGUCUUUGUGCUCAAGAAGGACAACUACUUUGGCUCUCUGUGCGUCAACACCACAGGAGUCAAUGGAACACACAAAUUAGACUGCAGUGGACAGGAUGAAAAGUUCUCGCUCGUCUUCACCAUCGCUUCCUUCAUGAACAAUUUCAUGACGUUGCCCAACGGCUUCCUCUUUGACUAUUUUGGCACCACCGUGGCCCGGAUCUUUGGAAUAUCCAUUUACACUACAGGAUCCCUGAUGAUGGCCUUUUCUUCAAGUGUGCCCGACCUGCUCUUCCCUGCUCUCUCUCUACUGGCAACUGGAGGAAUCUUGUUUCUGGUCACCAACAUGCAGGUGGGAAACUUGUUCGGCGUCCAUCGCUCCACCAUCAUCACUCUUUAUAAUGGCGCCUUUGACUCCUCCUCUGCUGUCUUUUUUGUCAUCAAGAUGAUCCAUGAGAUUGGUAUCUCUGUCCGGACCUCCUUCCUCUUUCUGUCGGCCUGCAGCGUCAUACACUUGGUCAGGACUUUCUUAUUGCUGCCCAGGAAAUUAAUUCCCUACCCACUGCCGGAUAAUUACACAUACGGGAUAACCUGUGGUAAAUCAAGUACUCAGACCUCCAAGGUUGCACUGAAUGCUGAAAAGCCAGCGAUGACAGAGGAACUCUCUGUGAAACAAGUCCCGAUUAUAGAAACACCAGUGGAGAAGACUUUCCGCCAGUGUAUUCUGUCCUGGUUCUUCUUGUGGCACCUGGUCUGGUUGUCUGUGAUGCAGUUCAGACAUAUCAUGUUCAUCGGCACCCUCAACCCCAUGCUGAACAGGCUGACAGAAGGAGAACCGUCGCUGGUGAGCAGCUACCUCAACGCCUUUGCCAUCACACAGCUGUGCGGGGUGCUGUGCGCCCCCUGGAAUGGCUUCAUCAUCGACCGACUCAAGCGCAGAUACCAGAAUAGAGGACUGAAUGAACAGGAGGCAGACCUGCAGGCCACGGUGCUUUCCCUCUUCAUCACAGCGCUGCAGUGUAUUUUGUUCUCAAUCUGUGCCACCAUCCCAUUUCUGCCACUUCAGUACUUCACCUUCGUCCUGCAAGUGCUCAACCGCUCCUUCCUUUAUGGCGGCAACGCAGCUUUCAUCAGUGUGGCUUUCCCACCACGACACUUUGGGAAGCUGUUUGGUGUGGUCAUGGCUCUGUCUGCCGUGGUUUUGGCACUACAGUAUCCCUGCUUUUCUCUGGUGAGGGACGUUCUGGAUGGAGACCCUUUAUAUUUAAACAUCGGUCUGGCGGUGUUCUGCCUAUUUGCCUUCAUCCACCCCGCCUGUGUCUUCCGUCACUGUCGAAGAACUGCAGCCGCAGCUGCCGCAGCCUCCUCUCAGAUUAUGAGCAUUCAUAGUUAAAUGUAUUUGCAGUUGAGUGUGACUUGGGGCUCACAGCCAUGUUGACGAUCAAACUUAACAGCUCGUGGUUCACUGUCCGCUCUGACUGACCCUCUGUGUAACCUAAAGCUCUUGUGAGAUUACAGUUUGUCCUUGUUUGAUCAAACCAAAAUCAUUUUUACAGAGGGUUCAUUGUAGCUCCUCCCCAAAAUAUGUCCACACUUAUAACUUAACAUACAUAACAUAAUACAUAAACUGGGGCUGAAAAAUAUGAGUAAAUUGUAAUUGUGAGUUUUCUGACACAUCUUUUCUUUUUUAGUCAAGCUCCUGUUAAGUAUUGCUAUUUAAAAAAAAAUGAUGGAGCAUUAAGACAAAAUAUUAGCAUUUGCAAUGUAAUGUAAUGUAUGAUCAUUUAAAGAUAUGAACAUCUGGCAUAUAGAACAUGUGUGGGUUCUUUAAGUAUGACAGGCACUAGCUCCGUGAACGUGCACAGCGAGGAGACACAAAAGUGACGCAGCUGAUAUUGUGGAGUUAAAUAUGACUUCUUUGUCUGUGCGACAUACCAUUUCUCAGGAGUUGGAUGUCUGUGUCGCUCAGUGGCAGAAUUUGGUGACGUCGGCUUCUUCUGCACAUGUGAAGAGAUGAUGAGUUCACGUUUUAGAUCAUCUUUCAUUGUCCCCCCCCUCGAUGGACAUGUGUUGCUCAAUGGUGCUAGAAAUGAGGCCAGUGCAUUUUAGAUGAGCAGUAAAGGGAAUUAGCCCCCCGCCCCCCAUUAUAAAGAAAUGAACAUAGAGAUGAAUGUUUUUCACUGUGAAACAAAUAUAUAUAUAUAUAUAUAUAUUAAAACAU